CCCCCUGCCCUCACCAAGCUGUCGGGCGGGCCGCGGGCGCGGGCGGCCGCCCCGGAAGCGGUUGGGCGGCCGUUUCCCGGCCCAUGAUGGCGGAGGGCCCGGGCGGGGGGCCGCGGCUGGCGGAGCUGCUGGCGGCGGGCCGGCGGCUGUGGGAGGAGGUGGAGAGCGGCAGCGAGCCGUCCUCGGGAGCCCCGGCCGUGCAGGAGAAGGUGCGGCAGGGCCUGGACGCGCUGCGGCGGGCGGCCGCCAUGGUGGAGCAGCUGGAGCUGUUCAGCGACAACGAGGAGCUGGAGGAGAUCGCCUCGGCCGACCUGAAGUACGUGCUGCUGCCCGCCUUGCUGGGGGCCCUGACGCUGAAGCAGGUGGAUCAGAGCCGGAGGAUGGAGCACCUGGAGAGCGCUCGGCAGCAGUUCUGGCGCUUCCUCAAGCUGUGCAGCAGCUACGGGCUGGGCAGCUUCUCCCUGCCCCCCGCCACCAGCCCCACAGCGGAGGAAGAGGCCGGGAGCCCGUCGCCGGGAGGCCCCGCGGCCCAGCCCAACCUGGUGGCCAUGGCGGCGAGCCGGCAAGCCAAGAUCGAGAGAUACAAGCAGAAGAAGGAACUGGAGAACAGGUUGGCCUCUCUGGCAACCUUUGUGGAGAGUGAGCAAGCAGAUGAGGAUCAGAUCCGGGAAUUCUACAUCCUGCAGAUCCAGAAGUGGAUCAACACCAGCCUGGAGGAGGUGGAGAGCAUCGACCAAGAGAUGGUCAUCUUGAGGAGCAGGGGCACAGCAAAACAGCCCUCAGCUGCGCCCCACGGUGCCUCUCGGCAAGCCAGAGCUCCACUCAAGCCUUUCAUUCUCACCCGGGAUGCUGCUCAGGCUAAAGUGUUUGGGGCCGGGUACCCCGCGCUGCCCACGCUGACCGUGGAUGACUGGUACGAGCAGCGCAGGAGGCACGGGGUGGUGUCCAACCAGAGCACACCUCAGAGAGCAGCAGCAGGUGGAAGCGAUGAAGAUCUGCAGAAGCAGCAGCAGGAGAAAAAAGAGGAAGAGGAUGAUGAGGAGGCUCUUCAAAAAGCUCGUGAGUGGGAUGAGUGGAAGGACACCCACCCCAGAGGCUACGGCAACCGGCAGAACAUGGGCUGACGCGGCCGUGCAGGGAGCAGGGCCUGGAGCCGCCAUGAGAGCUGUCUGUGUCCCAGCCGGCUGGGAGGAAAUCCCCUGUACAUACACAGAGGUGGCUGUGGAGUCCAGGAGGUGCCUGAGGCCAAGGAGUCAAGGUGCCAGUUUGCUUUGGUUCCCAGGGAGCGGCAGCCUGGGCGCUGUGGCCGCGGCAGCGCGAGCUCCUGGCAGGGAGCUGCCCCUGAGGGGUCAGGCUGCCUCUGCUCUCCCAGGCAGGGCAAGUCCUGCAAACAGACCUCCAUCAGUUUGGAACCUGCUCUUUGUAUUGUGGGUGGAUGUAUUUAUUUUUAAUUCUAUUUUAAGACAAAUAAAAUCUCCUGUGCUGCCUA